AUGAGCACAGUGUGGAAAUACGCUGAUAAAAUCGACAAAACAAGCGCGAAGUGCAAAAUUUGCUUCAAGGUUUACAAGUUUUGUGGCAAUACAUCGAAUAUGAUGAAACACUUAAAGGCAAGUCACCCUCAUUUAACUUUCGAGCGGAACUCAGACUCCGAAUGCCCAACUCAACCGCAACUUGUUGAGCAGAUCGCAGAUAUGCAACCAAUUCCAAAUCCAAUCGCUCGCGGUUUUGAGUUGGGCGCUGCUAAUAAAGAAGGUGGUUCGCGACACGCUGCUAUUAUUCUCACAGAUUUAUUCGCUGAUUGGGGUGUGGACAAAAGUAGCAUUAUGGCAGUGUUGACAGACAAUGGAGCCAAUAUGGUGGCAGCGGUAAAAGUUCUAUUUGGCGACGGCAAGAAACAUUUACCAUGUUUUGCCCAUACCAUAAACCUUGUAGCCGAGAAGGUGGAGGCGACAAGUGGCAUGCCUGAACUUGUACAGAAAGUUAGAGAAAUUGUUAAGUUUUUUAAAAAAAGCGUUUUAGCAACAGCCACUUUAAAAAAGGCGCAAGCAAAUCCCAAAAAGGUAAUUUUGGAUGUUAAAACCCGAUGGAAUUCAUGCUUCUACAUGAUGCAGCGAUUCGUGGAAUUGGCACCAUUCAUCUCACCCAUUCUACUAAAGGAUUUGUACGCUCCACAUAUGUUGUCUGCCGCUGAAUUAAAUAAUAUCAAAGAGCUGCUGAAUAUUCUUAAACCAUUAGAAUUCAUCACUAGAGAGCUGUCUGGUGAGAAAUAUGUUACGAUUUCGAAGGUUAUACCACUCAUAAAUUGUUUGGUGACCCAAGUUAGCGCUUUAGAAGAAAAUGCACCUGUGUGUGCUGCUGCCAAAAAAGUUCUGCCGGAUCAAAUACAAUAUCGGUUUGGUCAAAUUGAACACGUUCCUAUUAUAGCAAUCAGCACAAUGCUUGACCCACGGUUCAAGAACCUACACUUCAGAAGCGCUGAAGCCUGCGGAAGGACAAUCGCUUUAUUAAAAUCUGCAAUCGCUGUUCCGCCAUCUGUUACGUCAUCUGAAAGUGAAAGUGAUGAACCUACCCGUUACUCUCCGAUUGGUGGGCGUAGCUCCGUCCCACCAAAUAUAAUUACGGCUAUAGUAAAGGAGCGGGAGUAG